AAUUCCAACCCAUUUCAAUUUUAAGCCUUAGACCAAAAAAGAAAAACCCAAAAUCAAAAUCCAAAAACCCAAGCCCACCAACUACCCAAAACCCAUUAACCUAAAAAAAAAAAAAGGGGGACGGAAUCUUCUAAGUCAACCCUAAUCCUCUCUCUCUCUUUUAAAAUGGAAACACAGCAAGAAGAAGGAAGAGGAUCGGCAGAACAGAAAACCAAAAAACAGAAAAAUCCCAUUGCCUUGCGCUUGCGCCCCUGCGCCCUACGCCCUGCGCCCCCUGCUGCGCCCCUGCGCCCCUGCCCUACACCGAGCUGUGCCCCUGCUUACUGCGCCUGCACUUUCCCUUUUGCGCCCUUGCGCCCCUGCUACACCGAGCCUGCGCCCCGAUCACACCUAGAUUCCCUUGCUCUGCGCCCCCUGCCCUGCGCCCCCUACUGCGUUGACCCUGCUGCUGCGCCUUUGUCCCUGUAGCCAACCAAGCAUGAGACAAACCCACACCAUGUCCUUGCCUUGCCUGCAGGAUGGCAUCACGCUCCAGCUUUCUUGGCUGUUCUGCAGGGCCAGUUUUGGCCUCACCCGAUCAACGGUGGAAGGAAAAAGAAGAAAAAUUGAAGGGUUUGGAUGAGGAGAGAAGAGGGGAGUUUAGGGUUUUGUUUGAUUUUGUAUAAAUAGGAAAGGACUUCUGAAUUUGGAGGAGGGGUUUUUUCUUUUCGGGAGAAGUUCUUUUGGUCUGAGUUUGGGGUGUUGUUGGAAACAGCAGUUAGAAGAGGAGGAUCGUUGAACUUCCAGAAUUCACCGAGCAAGAUUGUGCAUUUUUUUUGGGUUUUCAUCUUAGGUAUUUUCCUGCAACAGAGGAGUUCUUUUGGGAGGUAGUGAAGGGGAUGAUCUGGACUUGAUCUCGUGGGAGGGAUCCGCCAGGUUGGACUCCGAUCUGUUACCUAGAAAACUCCGCCAUGUUUGUUUCUUUCGUCCUCCUGUUUCUGUUAUCUGCUUUCAUGAUGUUAAGUUUAUAUAUGUUUAUCUGAAAAUGAAUGAGAAUCUAAGUU